AUGCCUCCGCUUCACCUCUGCAUUUGGUACAUCCCGUCCGACCUGUCUCCACCUGAUCUACAGAACUCCCCACCUUCUCGGGCUUCUCCGGAGAACAGAUUUUUUAGUCUCCGUCGGUGGACAUUUAUACUGUCGAGAUAUCUCUGCCUCGUCCAACUUAUCGUCCAGUCUCUAGCCGCUGUCGUUUGCAGUGCGCCAAAGAAGCUUCAGAGGAAGAAGGUCCGAGCAGAGAUUGAAGCGGAGGAGAAAUUGUGGGGGAGGUUUCAUGAAACAAUUCCGCUUUGGACUCUGGAGGAAGAAAUUGGUUCGUCUUGCUUAAGCUCGAAAUUGGUUCGGCUCACGGCUUGUGUUUCUUCCCAGAGCUCUGAUUUUGGAUUUGAGAUGAUGUACUGCUGA